AUGCCGCGGAAAACCGAAGAGCGACUCAGUCAGACUUCUGUCAAUGGGUUUCCGGAAACUGAUGCCGAUGACGAUCCACCUUCUACGGAGACCUACUUAUUCGUAGCGGAGAACAACACAACCACUUCGGCAUUUGCCACAGUAGCCGACAUAUUAGAAGAAGCGGAAGAGUAUGACCUGGAAUUGCUUUCGGCUACAUCAGCGAAUGCCGAUACUUAUUCACGUAUACCUACAGGAGCCUCAAAAAUUUCCAUCGAGUCGAUGCUCCAGGAAGUUAUUACAUGGUGA